AUGACUUCUCUGAUUGGGCUGGAUUGCUCAAGCUUAGAAUCGUUACACGGCUUUGAUAACUAUCUUCGUCAACUGCGGGCGGUCACGCAUUUCAACGAGACCCUGCUCAAUCAAUGCAGAAAAACGAUAUGUAAUGCCGUCUGGGGGGAGGGUAAUCCAGACAUCUCCGGCAUCGGGGUUUCCAUCGGAUAUGCCACGGAAGCAGGUCUCGGGUUCCUUUUUGCCCUGAUUAUCUUGGUCAUACAACAGAAGCAAGGCCCAAAAUGGGAAUUCUUCCAAGUUGUGACUGAAACCGGGCUCAACGCCUUUUUUGGGUCCGCCGUCUACUUUGCCAUCUCGCAUGAGAUAGCCUCCAUAUAUAUCCUCGUUAACAAAGAUUACGGCAUCUCGACAACUGGUCUCAGUGCAAGCGAAGCGCAAAUUAUCCUAGCUGUAUCUGUUGUCUGUAUCCUGCCACUGCUGUAUCCUGUUGCACUACUACCGACUUGCAUAUUUCACCCUGAAUCUAAACUCGGUAAACCUCUCGAAGCACGUUGUGCCAAAUCCGCAAAGCCUCGAAACGUUCGAUUCAUUCUUUUCUCUCUAUUAGCUGUUUUGUUCUUUUACCCAUUUCUAUCCCAAUGUAUUCACAAUUGGGCUCCCACUAGAGUUGGGGAAGGGAACGGGCCGGACGGAGAGACACUAGCAACUGAAACUGAAUGGGCCAAGGUUGAAACGAUGUGCUUUGUCUCCAUCGAGAGACUUUCUGAUACGGAGUUGUGGGUUUUGGCUGUCUGUGAAAUCAUCGCGUCACUUAGCAUUUUCGUUUUCACCAUCUGGCUAGCAAUCGGUGCUGGCGCCCGCACAUUGUUGGCCCAGGACCGAGCCUACGGGGAAGAAAGACGAUUGACGACGGUCUUGUUAAAGAUCCAGAGGCUCGAGAAAAUCUGGAAAAGCAAUGCCCUAAUCCGGGUGCUCUUGCUUCUCGUCCCCACCGUUUUGGCUGGCCCUUUGCUGUGGUGUAUCUUCCGUCUUCGAAGCAUGCAGUCAAUCGCGCUGGAGAAACUGGGCAGUGAUUACACUGGGGACGAAUGGGGGUUUGGACAGAUUAUUGGAAUCGUUAUAUUUGCGCCGGUGGUUACAGACAUGACGUUUGCAGCGUGGGCAGCUCGUUCCUUGUUCACACCAGAUAAUCAGUCUGAUACCUGA